UGGUGUUACAGAUGGCUUCUAAAUUUUCUAUUUCUUUGUUUUUAGGCAUUGGUGAUGCUGGUCGAAGUAGGUGCUUGUCUGCUGAAUAAUUGUUUUGUUUGGCGUUUGUUAGAGCAGUAUGCCCUCAUGAAUCGUGAGAUUUCUGCCAUAUGUCUCUCCACAGGAUUCGAGCUAGGAGAGUAUGUGGAAGUUCGAGAUAUUUUUAUGUCAGCCAGGUCAAGUAUUCUUUUCCAUUGUUUGCUACAAAAAUAUGAAGCAUUAUCUGAUAGAAUGCACUUAGGUUUCCCUACUUGUGGAGUCCACUUAUUCACUACACAAUUUGCUAGGGUUUCUCCUGUUUGUUUACUGAUGGAAAAGAACAUGGUGUAUUUUGAGAAUGUGCAUGUUAAUACAAAUAUAUAUUUUUUCCAUAUUGUGCCAGGGGUAGAGGACCAUAAAUGUCUGCUGAUAAUAAUUCCAAUGGGGCGGUCGGCAAUAUUGGUAUCAUUGCUCCCCUGAUUUGAUAUUUUAGGUGCUUUGUUUUCUGACAGAGGUCGCAUGCUCUUAAUAC